GGAAAAAGGGAGGGUCUCUCUUUAUAGACCUUAUCAAUAACAGAGACAAGGAAGGGUGUCUCCACAAAUGGGUUCGCAGUUGCAGAGCUCCUCAGAAAUGCUGUCAAGGGAACAGUUGCUUCAUCUCUUCGAUCGAUUCUCUUUCCUCACCUCUCAGCCCGAUGUGAAGAAAAGAAUCGCUGAUGGUGUUGAGGACAAACAGGAAGCUGUUGCCAUAACCACUGCCAUCCAGGAAGAGAUAUUUCUGGAGAUGGGGAUUGAUCCAAGGUUUGGCAUAUCAUCCCUGGGAAAGGUGAAUGAAAAAUAUGAGAAUGAUCAGGAUAUGAUGAUCCGCUUUUAUAAGUUCAUUGCAAGGGAGGAGAUGGCCUGUGAUGAAGCUGAGCUUGGAGCAGAUGAAUUUGCGGAAAGGAUGCGUAGUCAAGAAAAAUUACAGGAGCAGCAACUUGAGAUGCUAAAGCACAUGCGGAAAUUUCCCCUGGAUGAUCAAUCUGCAAUCCUUGAGAAGCUGCGUCAGCAGAUGGAAAAUGCCGAUUUUGACAGUGCUGCAUCAGUUUUGUCUUCAGAGCAGAUUCAAGAGAUUGUUCGGAGGAGGGUGUCUCCUUUAUUUAAGCCAAGGUAGAUUGGAACAUGUAUCAGUGAUGCAAUGUAGUUUGUUUUCAGACUCUGCUACUUUGUCCAGGCUCUCUAUGUAGCUGUUGUUUGUUAUAGUAAUUGCUCAUCAUAUGUAGACUGGAUUUCGGGUGUGAAGUAAAUUUGUUUUUAAGAAGGUAAC